CUCGGUCGAGGAGACACCUGCGUUCAAAACCAACCUUAUCUUCAACAGCUGGCGGAGAAAUCGUUGACAAUACAUCCUGAUAGCAACUAUCGUAUACUUUGUAGAUCGUCUGUGCACAAUAUAAAACGUUAAAUUAUUGGAUUUCGCAACGGGGUGUAAAUCUCGGGCCCAGAUGGCUUGCCUUGGCGACCCAGAGAGUGACAAGAUGGCGGAAGAGAGGGAGGCGUUUUGGCGAGUGUUUGAAGCCAUUAUGCAAGCAUGUGCGGCGGAGUUUCUGGGAACGGCGAUUUAUGUGUUAAUCGCGUGUCUGGUAUCCUCAGGGGUGAAGGGUAUUGGGAUUCUACCCCCUGAACAUAUGCCUAUGAUCGUGCCUAUUGCUCUGUGCGCCGGCUUCACAGUGGCAGCCUUGAUGGCAACGUUUGGAAAAAUGAGUGGUGGUCACUUCAACCCUGCUGUGAGCGUAGCGGUGUGUGUGUCCGGUUCUCUGAAGCCUCUCCUACUGCCCGCUUACAUCGUUAUGCAGAUGCUGGGUGGAGUCGCCGGAGCCGCCCUCGCCAUGGUUGUUGAACCAGAUGAGCUGUUCACCAAGGUGUUGACUGAUGACUACGUUGAGAUGGCCGUGGGACCUGGGCGGGCUAUUGCCUGCGAGUUCUUGCUGACUGCGUUUGUGGUAAUUGCUGUGUUGUUGACCACGCUGGAGGAGAAGACGAAGACGCAUGCCGCUCCAACUGCAGUGGGGUUCGCGUAUGUCGUCGGCAUUCUCUCAGGUAUUCGGAUAACCGGCACUAGUCUGAAUCCUGCCCGUAGCUUUGGUUCAGCGGUAGUUCUGUGUCUGUAUUCCCACAAAGCAUGGUCUCACCAGUACGUGUUCUGGGUUGGACCGCUUCUAGCAGCUGUGGUGAUAGCUAUAUUUUACAGAUACGUGCUUUUUCGACGGAAGACAUCCUCCAAGGAUAUAUACAAAUACUCACACCUUAUGGCAGACCCCAAUCAACACGACUGAAACAACAUGAGCUGACAACAAAACACAUCACUCAUUGACACAUGCC